GGAAUUGCUUUGCCGUUCCACUGGGCAAAGUAGGGAGAAACUAUACGUAGAAAAAGGUUCCGAUGAAAUUGAUGCGCGUUGACAAAGUUUACCAUCGCCUCUCUCUCUCGCCUCUCUGCCAUUUCUCUCUUCCUCCUCCGCCGUCUUUCUCUCUCCUCUCGCCGCAGGGACUCGCCGGAUUCUCGACUCUCCGUUCGCGUCGCUGCGCCGCGCUCCGCCGCUUCUCUGGCAACUCGCCGAAGCCUUUGAUGUCUUCAAGGUCUGUUUCUAGGCUUCACUGCCCCCUUUCUGCCCUCCCUGCCGCUUCAGAAGACGGUGGAGGCGGGUCUAAUGGCUCGGCUUCAGCUGCUGUUGUGGCGGCUACUGAAGAUGAUGACUUGGCGAUAGGCAAUGAGUAUCGCCUUCCUCCAUCCGAGAUCAGAGAUAUUGUGGAUGCCCCACCUCUCCCAGCAUUGUCAUUUUCGCCCCACCGGGAUAAAAUCCUAUUUCUCAAACGUAGAGCUUUGCCUCCACUGGCAGAUCUGGCCAGGCCCGAAGAGAAGCUUGCUGGCAUCCGAAUUGAUGGUCAGUGCAAUACCAGAAGCCGGAUGUCAUACUACACUGGUAUAGGAAUCCAUCAGCUAAUGGCUGAUGGUACACUGGGCCCAGAGAAGGAGAUCAGUGGCAUUCCGGAUGGUGGAAAGAUUAACUUUGUCACAUGGUCCAAUGAUGCAAAGCAUUUGGCUUUCAGUGUUCGGGUCGAUGAGAAUGGAAUCAGCAGCAAGCCUAGAGUAUGGGUUGCUAACGUCGAGACUGGGGAAGCUAGACCACUUUUUAAUUCCCAAGAUAUCUACCUGAAUGCGAUUUUUGAGAGUUUUGUUUGGAUUGAUAACUCCACUCUGUUAGUGAGCACGAUCCCUUCAUCUCGCGGCGACCCACCAAAGAAACCUUUGGUCCCAUCUAGCCCCAAAAUUCAGUCUAACGAGAAGAAGAAUAUUGUCCAGGUUAGAACAUUUCAGGAUUUGCUCAAGGAUGAAUACCAUGCUGACUUAUUUGACUACUAUGCUACGGCACAACUAGUUUUGGCUUCCUUGGACGGUUCAUCGAAGGAAGUUGGGCCACCUGCAGUAUACACGUCAAUUGACCCUUCCCCGGAUCACAAGUUUCUUCUAAUUACAUCGAUUCAUAGGCCAUAUUCCUACAUUGUACCUUGUGGUAGAUUUCCCAAAAAGGUGGAAGUCUGGACAAAGGAUGGUAGAUUUGUAAGGCAGCUCUGUGAUUUGCCCCUAGCUGAAGAUAUUCCCAUUGCAUCCAAUAGUGUGCGGAAAGGAAUGCGUUCUAUAAACUGGAGAGCAGACGAGCCGUCAACACUCUACUGGGCAGAAACACAAGAUGGAGGUGAUGCUAAAGUGGAAGUUUCGCCACGUGAUAUAGUCUAUGUGCAGCCUGCAGAACCAUCUGCAGGCCAAGAACCAGAAGUUUUACAAAAACUCGAUCUUCGUUAUGGAGGAAUUUCCUGGUGUGAUGAUUCACUAGCUCUGGUUUACGAAUCAUGGUAUAAAACAAGACGAACAAGGACAUGGGUUGUCUCUCCUGGAUCUAAAGAUGUCAGUCCACGCAUUCUAUUUGAUAGAUCAUCAGAAGAUGUGUACUCAGACCCUGGCUCACCCAUGCUGAGGAGAACUUCCACUGGGACAUAUGUGAUAGCUAAGAUAAAGAAGGAAAAUGAUGAGAGCACUUGCGUCUUAUUGAAUGGAAACGGGGCUACACCAGAAGGGAAUAUCCCCUUCCUCGACUUGUUUGACAUAAAUACAGGCAACAAAGAACGGAUCUGGGAGAGUGACAGGGAAAAGUAUUACGAGACAGUUGUUGCCUUGAUGUCUGACCAGAAAGAGGGAGAUUUAAGAUUAGAGGAGCUGAAAAUCCUAACAUCGAAGGAAUCUAAAACAGAAAACACUCAAUAUUUUCUUCAAACUUGGCCUGAAAAGAAAGUAUGCCAGAUCACAAAUUUUCCUCAUCCAUAUCCCCAGUUAGCAUCGUUGCAGAAAGAGAUGAUCAGGUAUCAAAGAAAAGAUGGGGUCCAACUUACUGCAACAUUAUAUCUACCACCAGGCUAUGAUCCAUCGAAAGACGGUCCUCUUCCUUGUCUGUUUUGGUCUUACCCUGGAGAAUUCAAAAGCAAAGAUGCCGCUGGACAAGUCCGUGGCUCUCCAAAUGAAUUUCCAGGCAUAGGUCCAACUUCAGCCCUUCUUUGGCUUGCUAGAAGGUUUGCUAUAUUAUCUGGGCCUACUAUACCUAUUAUCGGUGAAGGUGAUGAGGAGGCAAAUGAUAGGUAUGUGGAGCAACUGGUUGCAAGUGCGGAGGCUGCUGUGGAGGAAGUUGUCAGACGUGGAGUGGCUCAUCCGAGCAAAAUUGCCGUUGGUGGGCACUCUUACGGAGCAUUCAUGACUGCAAAUCUCCUUGCUCAUGCUCCUCAUCUUUUCAGCUGCGGGAUCGCUCGCUCGGGUGCAUACAACAGAACACUCACACCAUUCGGUUUCCAGAACGAGGACAGAACCCUAUGGGAAGCUACCAAUACAUAUGUAGAGAUGAGCCCGUUCAUGUCCGCAAACAAAAUCAAGAAGCCGAUCUUGCUCAUGCAUGGUGAAGAAGACAAUAACCCGGGAACUCUUACUAUGCAGUCGGACCGCUUCUUCAACGCGCUGAAAGGGCACGGAGCUCUUUGCCGGCUGGUGAUACUUCCAUUGGAGAGCCAUGGUUACAGCGCUCGGGAAAGCAUAAUGCACGUUCUCUGGGAAACAGACCGGUGGCUUCAGAAGCACUGUGUCCCAAACACAUUGGAGGAAGACACGAAGAAGGAAGCCUCGGACUCGGAUUCAGCCGACAAAGCAGCGGCUGGGACCGGAGGUUGUAACCCCGAGCUCGAUGAAGAACUUCACGUCAAUCCCAGGAGGUCACUUCUUUGAUGGAAUCUUCGUUAUAUAUUACAGGACAUUGGGCGAUACAUGGAAUCUUCCGUGCGGACCAACAUCAUAAAUGGACCGGAGGACUUCGUGUUUGAUUUUUAAAAAAAGCAUUUAAAUAUUUAAAUAUUCAUUCCCCAAGACAUUGAAUUAUAUUAUUGACGUUGGAUCUCUUGGCCUUAGUAAUAACAAGAUCGAUCCUUCCAUGAAUUACAAAAAAUCUUUGUUGAAAUUAAUAUGUAGACAGUAUCAGAAGUAUGAUCUCUUUAUUUCUUUCAAAUGUAACUCGUUAUGAUUCACAGAA